UGCGGUUAAUGAAUGGAAGUAAUGAAUGGGAAGGACGAGUUGAGGUGUAUCACGCGGGACACUGGGGAGCCGUAUGGGAACCCGCAAAUAAUUUACCAUGGAAAACAGAAAACGUACAGGUGGUCUGUGGACAGUUAGGAUACAGUGGUGGUCGGGCCGUGUAUGGGUCUUUCUUUGGCAACGGCGAGGCCGACGCUCCUGUGUGGCUGAGUGAUGUAGACUGUAAUGGGGACGAAGAACGAUUAUCAGACUGUCCCAACGGAGGGUGGGGCGUACAGUUAUUGUUCACGUAUUCUGUCACGAACCAAAGGGGCAUUGGUGUGGCGUGUAAACCAACUUCUAAUACAACAGAGGAACCAUACGGAGAUAUACGCUUGGUUGGUGGAACGGAUGCCUACUCAGGACGAGUGGAAAUCUAUGGACCAUCCGGUUAUGGAACCGUCUGUGAUUACAACACCAAUUCCAACAUUGGUAGAGUUAUUUGUCGACAACAUGGGUACAGUUACUCAACAUACCACCGUUAUUCAUACUUUGGUGGAAGCACACAUACAGUAUGGAUGAUGUAUGUUUCAUGUUAUGGUAACGAAGAAAGACUGGAAUACUGCUCGUUCAGGGGAUGGAAAUAUGAGCCAAGAUGUUCAAACUCACGCGAAUUUGGCGUCACUUGUAGUCCUCCGUGAAUCGCAUCCGGUAGUCUGUUUUAAAAAAAACAUUGUUUUUGCAUGAUUUCCUAUUCAGUUAUAUAAGUUAUUUUGUAUGACUUUAUGUGUAUUUGGUUUCGUAAGGUGGCUGAGUGGGUGUGUCAACUUGACCUUACAUUUUGAUUAUGUUUACUAAAUCAAACUUGUAUUUCACCCCAAUGCCAAGUUCAUGAUACAGCUGUAGGAAAGAUGUAACAAAAUUUGUUGAUGAUCAAUCAAAUCGUUUAAACAACACCAGUUCAUAGACACUAUAUAGACUCUUUAUAUUGCUUCUGCUGACAUUAGAGUCGUAAGCAACAUUUAGCCUAUCAUGGGACUGCACGAUCUACUGAUUGAUAGGAAAUCGAGAUUUUUUUUUCUUUAUUGGAAUUGAGCUGUCAGUUAUUGUAUUUUUGAAAAGUUUGCUGGAAAUAAAAUGCAUCCGUUAUUAAGAGGCCAGAUCCAAAGAUCAUAUGUUUGUUUAGUUUUUACGGCCAAUCGACAGCUAUGGUAAUUUAGGGUCAAACAAAAUACUAUUGAAUUAUUUCAUUUGAGUUUAAAAACAGAUAAAAAUCAAAGUCUAUUGAACAGACCGAUUUCUUUCAAAUAGGUAAAUAGUGCUUUCGAAUCCAUAGAAUUGAAAAUAGUUUCCUAAUGCGGGACUCGAAAGUGUUUAUCACGAAAGUGCUUGGAAUCGGAACAUUCUAUUAGAAGUGUUCAAAGUGCUGACAGAGAGAUGAUGCUGGUUUGUUUGUCACAAUUAGCACAGGUAAUGCUACAGAUCAAGAUUAAACCCCAUCCGUAUCGCAACUAAAUUAAUCUAGACAAACCUCUUGAUAUACUUUGGAUCCAGAGACACGAGCGGGUUGAAAAACUCUGGUGAUAGCAGAACUAUACAUAGUAGUGACAAUAGCUAUGUUGUUGGUGGUAACCAGUUUUGUUUUGUAUUCCAUUAUGUGUAAUGGAACGUGUUGAAAAAAAGGUGUUUUCAAACUAGUGUUUGAAUUGGCCAUGUGAAAUUUACUGAGCCUAAAAUAAUUGCCCUAGAACCCUUCAGAGUGUUACCUGAACCAUAUGGUGAUGCCGUUCGCUGAUACGGGCAGUGAGGAUUACGCUCUGGGAAAUUAAAUAGUUACCCCAUCACAAUGGCAAGGACUGAUAGGGUCCUGUUGGAGAGCAUUUGGAUAGUGUCAAUGCUUUCCGUGAUUACACCCCUUGUGGAUUAGUGAUGGAACAUUAUGUUAACGAACUUUGCUUAACACUACUAGUGACUGGAUAACAAGUAUUCUUUGUGUCAGGCUCUGUAUUAUCGUGAAUAAAACUCUGUGGAAUUGUUAUUUGGGGUGACUUUGAUAUUGCAAGGGUGUUGUACAUGAAACAAGCUAGCAUAGACUGACGUCAUCUUAACUAUCGCAAAACUGAUAACAAUCAAAGUCGUAAUCGUAUUGUUGGACUCAUCGCUGUCAUGAACUGUUGGAUUAAUCACUGUCAUGAACUGUUGGAUUAAUCACUGUCAUGAACUGUUGGAUUAAUCGCUGUCGUGAACUGUUGGAUUAAUCACUGUCGUGAACUGUUGGAUUAAUCACUGUCGUGAACUGUUGGAUUAAUCACUAUCGUGAACUGUUGGAUUAAUCACUGUCGUGAAAAGUUGAAUUAAUCGCUGUCGUGAACAGUUGGAUUAAUCACUGUCGUGAACUGUUGGAUUAAUCUAUGUCGUCGUGAACAGUUGGAUUAAUCGCUGUUGUGAACUGUUGGAUUAAUCGCUGUCGUGAACUGUUGGAUUAAUCGCUGUCGUGAACUGUUGGAUUAAUCACUGUCGUGAACUGUUGGAUUAAGCUAUGCCGUGAACAGUUGGAUUGACUGAAGCAAAUUGACAACUGCGUUGAGUUCCCGGAGAAAAGGCACCGGCCUACGGUCAGUACUAGGCAACUGCCCCACGUGGGCUUCGAACUCUUAACCAGAGGUAGAGGUCUAGUGAUAACAUUUCGGUCGGGACACCUACAUGUAAACCAUCCGGCCACCGCGGCCCCAUACAACACUCAUCCAUGGACAAGAUUGAGUGCAAGGUUUAAUAGUAGAGAGUAAGAGGCGACAUAAUGACAUAAAGAUAAGUAGGAAACUGUCAACGAUUUGUGUUGUAUUACAAUGAGUGUACGAAAGACAUUCGAGAAAAGGUGAUGUGACCACAAUGCAUGUUUACCGUUGUCUUGUGUGCCUUAGGCAUAUCUCUAAUAUUUAUAUCUUUUAUAAAAAAUG